AUGUCGAGCGCCUCAACGCAGGCGACGGCCGCCUCCGUCCAGGAGGAGAAUGCCUAUUUUUCGUCAAACCCGCCUCCCAAGGCGCUCGCAAAUCAUAUGACACUGGCGCGAGAGUUCAUCAACCACCAGGCCGAACUCAAGCGCCGCGUCGUUCUGAUCACGUCCGGAGGCACCACAGUUCCCCUGGAGAAGCAGACCGUCCGCUUCAUUGAUAACUUCAGUGCCGGUACGCGAGGUGCGACAUCAGCCGAAUACUUCCUGGAGGCCGGCUAUUCCGUCAUCUUCCUGCACCGGCAGUUCUCCCUCCUGCCGUACAGCAGGCAUUACAGCCACUCGACUGACUGUUUUCUGGAUUUCAUGUACGAGGAUGCCAACGGCAGCGUGGUUGCCAACCCGGAGCACCAGGAAAAGAUGAUCCGGGUGUUGCGCAAGUACAACUCGGCCAAGAAGAACCGGAUGCUGCUGAUGAUUCCCUUCACCACCAUCACCGACUACUUGCACGAACUACGGGGCAUUGCGCAGCUUAUGCGACCGCUUGGGCCGGAUGGCCUGCUCUACCUCGCGGCCGCGGUCUCUGAUUUCUUUGUCCCGGCCGACCGCAUGUCGGAGCACAAGAUCCAGAGCACAGAUGCAACAGACAGCUUGAAGCAGCAAGGGCCGACGACGAUAGCGCCGGCGAGGCAGAAGACGGCCGAGGAGCCCGACGAGACCUUCGACAACUUCGACUCGUCGCCGGCCAUCCCGCGCAGCAAGCGCCUGAUCAUCGACCUGGACCCGGUUCCCAAGUUCCUCAAGAACCUGGUCGACGGCUGGGCGCCCGAGGGCAUGAUCGUCUCGUUCAAGCUCGAGACGGACCCGGCCAUCCUGGUGCACAAGGCCAAGUACUCGCUGAACCGGUACCAGCACCACCUGGUCAUCGGCAACCUGCUGACGACGCGCAAGUGGGAGGUCGUCUUCGUGGCCCCCGGCCAGGAGAAGGACAAGUGGGUGCGCGUGCCGCGCGACCGCCGGCGCAAGUCCAUGAGCGGCCGCGAGGGCCUCGUCGGCGCCGCCGACAAGGAUUGGGUCCGCGACGCCCCCAUGGACCCCGCCCUGCUGCCCGAGGGUGAGCCCGAGAUGGAGAUCGAGAGCCUGAUCAUCCCCGCCGUCAAGGAGUUCCAUGAUCAGCACGUGGAGAGGGUGCGAGCCAAGACAGCGGUGGAGUAG